CAUUGGCGUCUCAUGAGAUUCCGCACUGGGGUCUUCUAACCUCUCCUUCGCAACCGUUCGUACGAGCCUUUUCCGGGCUCUGAGUGUCAGAGUGCCUAGUCUCCCCUAGGAAGCGCUCACGAUCGGUAUGGCGCGUUCGGUUCUGAUCAGGGCUCUGGCCUGGGCAAGUGCUUUUACCGUGUAUGCUGCCGCCCAGGAUACCUGCACGACCGUGAAGACCAACACGGCGGUCACCAUCCUGAAUCGAUUGACAGUAGAUUUCAGCAACGAGCAGCGCAACUACUGGUCCACCUACUGCGGAGACCUCAGGCCGACCUGUAUUCUCCAACCAGAGACGACGGAAGAAGUUGCUUCCAUCGUUUCCAUCCUCCGUGGUAAUAACGAGACCUUCGCCGUUAAGUCCGGCGGCCACAACCCGAACAACUACUUCGCUAGUGUCGAUGGCGGGCCGUUGAUCUCGACCAAGAGGCUCAACGAGAUUAUCUUCGACCCUGCUACGGAGACCGUGAGGGUUGGACCCGGGAAUCGGUGGGACGAGGUCGGCGAGAAGCUCGAUGAGACUGGUUACACUGUCGUCGGCGGACGGAUUGGCAACGUCGGCGUUGGAGGUUAUCUGCUCGGAAAUGGGUUGAGCUUCAUGAGCACCGAGUACGGCUGGGCUUCCAACUCGAUCCUCGAGUACACUGUGGUGCUGGCAAACUCAUCGAUUGUCAGAGUGACUGAGAAAGACCAUCCCGAUCUCUGGAUGGCCCUCAAGGGAGGUGGGAACAACUAUGGGAUCGUCACCUCUUUCUUGUUGAAGGCCUAUCGUCAAGGAGACAUCUGGGGCGGCAACCUCGUAUUCGAUGCGACACCUGAAAAAACGGCAGCCCUGCUGGAGGCUAUUCGAGACUUCUCCGAAAACUACCCCGACGACAAGGCGGCCAUUAUCGCGACGGCCGAGCGGACCCUGGCCACGCUGGUUGACAUCUGGGUUUUCUUCCUGUACUACAACGGCCCUACGCCGCCCCCAGGGGUGUUCGACAAAUUCCUCGCCGCCGGACCCACGCUCAAUACCUGCAAGACCCAGAGAUACUCGGCGCUCCUCAGCGGAAAUAACUGGGCUGUUCUGAAGGGUAGCGUCUACACUAUCGGAACGGAGACGAUGCCCGUACCUGAGAAGGAACACGGACUAGAAGUCAUGCAAUCUCUCUACGAUCACUGGGUGAACGUGAGCAACACGGCUAAGUGGGUUCCGGGGGUCGUUGCCAGCAUCGCCCUCCAGCCGGUGCCCAAAUCGCUCGCAAAGAUCGCCCGAUCCAAGGGUGGCGAUAUGCUGGAUCUAGACAACGACGUCAACCUCAUCAUUGUCGAGCUCGACUACAGCUUCCUCUUUAAGUCAGACUUCCCCAAGAUCGACCAGACGAUGCGCGACACGUAUGAAGGCAUCGGCGCGAUGGUCUCAGGCUACCAGCAGAGUGGCUUGCUCCAGCGAGAGGCGUAUCUGCCUAUCUUCUAUAACGACGGCUUCUACCCGCAGGAUUACUACGGGAGGCUGAAACCCGAGAAGCUGGAGCUCGCCCGGAGGGUCCAGGCUGAUGUCGAUCCCGAUGGGUUCUGGAAGCAUAGGACUGGCGGGUUCAAGAUCCCCGCAUAGGCCGCCCGGGGAAUGAGAUCGGGCUCGAGAGAGUCGUUAGGUCCCUUCCGUCGCCUGGGCCGAACCAGUAUAUAGAUACCGCGCCCACUUGUGGCAGUUCCGUAGUCAAUUGAUACCGUGAUAUCCAUGACCGGACAUAGCCCGUGGGAUAAAUAAAUGCGGCGGACUGGCCGGCUUCAUGUGGAG